UUUCUGUAUCAGCUGAAAUAAACACUUUGUCCCACCAUAUUGUGGAGACGCAGGGCAAUUGGCGCAUUCGUUUUCGCGGAGCGCGCACACACACACACACACACACACGCACACACGCUGCGAGUGACCAGAGAGCUUGCUAGGACGUAGCGUAGCCGGGCCACCAAAACGUAACGAAAUAGCGAGAGGUUUAUUUUAAAGCUGGUCGGCUUGCUAGCUGGCGGCAAACCAGGCAUGGACGACAAGUCAUUUACUAAGGAGUUGGACGGAUGGAUUGAACAACUGAAUGAGUGUAAACAGCUGUCAGAGAAUCAGGUCAAAGUCCUAUGCGAAAAGGCCAAGGAGAUCCUGACAAAGGAGUCCAAUGUGCAGGAGGUGAGAUGUCCGGUGACAGUCUGCGGAGAUGUACAUGGUCAGUUUCAUGACCUAAUGGAGCUGUUUAAGAUUGGGGGGAAGUCUCCAGACACUAACUAUCUCUUCAUGGGAGACUAUGUUGACAGAGGCUACUAUUCUGUGGAGACAGUUACUCUCCUGGUUUCACUUAAGGUAAGGUUUCGUGAACGAAUCACAAUUCUCAGAGGAAACCACGAGAGCAGACAGAUCACACAAGUGUACGGCUUCUACGAUGAGUGUUUAAGGAAAUAUGGAAAUGCCAAUGUUUGGAAGUACUUCACAGAUCUGUUUGACUAUCUGCCCCUUACUGCACUGGUAGAUAAUCAGAUUUUCUGCCUCCAUGGAGGUUUGUCCCCUUCAAUAGACACACUGGAACACAUCAGAGCGCUGGAUCGCCUGCAGGAGGUUCCUCAUGAGGGUCCAAUGUGUGACUUGUUAUGGUCAGACCCAGAUGACCGUGGUGGCUGGGGCAUCUCACCCCGUGGUGCUGGUUACACCUUCGGGCAGGAUAUUUCCGAGACUUUCAACCACGCAAACGGCCUAACUUUGGUUUCCAGAGCCCACCAGCUGGUGAUGGAGGGUUACAAUUGGUGCCAUGAUCGCAAUGUAGUGACAAUCUUCAGUGCACCAAACUAUUGUUAUCGUUGUGGAAACCAGGCAGCAAUCAUGGAACUUGACGACACAUUGAAAUACUCCUUCCUACAGUUUGACCCUGCACCGCGCAGAGGAGAGCCCCACGUGACGCGACGUACGCCAGACUACUUCCUUUAAAGAUCAUUGGUGAGGAUGGUGAGAGGCUGUCUAGAGGCUUGCGAAAAUAAGUAUUCAUAAUGCCAUGGACCAAAAACAUGUGUGCCAUAAUCACAAUGAAAUGGAAACUGUCACACCAAGCUAAACGUCCACCAUCUUUUUAAAGGUACAGCCCCUACACCCCCCCCCCCCAAUCAAAAUGUUUAUUUUUCCUCUGACCUGUAGCGCUGUUUGUUCAUCUAAAUUGUUUUCGUGUUAAGUUUUGAAGAUAUCUGCCUCUGAAAUGUCUGCCUUCUCUCAGUGUAAUAGAACUGCGUGGCACUCUGGCUCGUGGUGCUCAAAGUGCCAAAAAUCAUGACCUGGUUACUCAAGAUAGUCAUCCACAGACCUUGUUUUGACAGUUUCGUGUAGGAACUAUUUUCUGUCCGUAUCACAGCACAAAAGGAGGGACGAGAUGCUAGCUAACUAAGCUGACUAAGCUAGGUAACAUUAAAGAUGGUGCUUGUGACAGGUUGGGAUGUAAACGAACAACCUCUCUGGCAGAUGUGUGUGUCAUUCUGCGCAGUGUUACGGUGUAGUUUGGCAGAAAGAAAAUCGUUCCAGCAUGAAACUGCUCACGCCGAUUCUGUGUGGAUCAGCUUGAGCAACCAGACCAUGACCUCUGGAAAGCGACAUUGUUGUUGGUUCCAUUAUAUGUGAGAGAAGACAGGCAUCUUUAUGGCCGAUAUCUUCAAAACUCUUCAACUCACAUCAAAACAAUCCAAAUGGAUGAAUAACACUACAAGUAAGAGGAAACAUUUGUUUUUGAUUUUGUGGUGACUUACCCCUUUCAACUUUUUCCUCUCUGCAUGAUGUUUUUUAUUGCUAGAAAUGAUUGCUACUAUGAACAAAACUAUCACAAUACCUGCUGGUUUGUCAGGAAACGUGAAUGAACUGAUUCUGAGAAUAACAACUAAGUGUAAGGAAUCUUUGUGUUAGGGUGUUUAAUGAUGACCAGAGUGUGUCGGCGUAUACAACUGCAUCUUUUACUUGGCAUGACCUUAAGUCAAAGGUUCCAGUAAAUCUAAUGUGAACUCUUUUCUUUUUGCAAUUGACGCACAGCAGUUUAUUUUCUGAAGUGAGAUGAUAGGGUUAGAUGUCGCAUUUAUGAGCCUGUUCUCUUUGCACUUUUGUAUUUGAUUUUUAUCACAUGGCACUAACAGACUGUGUUCUUUUUUAUACUCUGUCAUAGUGUAAGUAUCUUUCUCUUUUCUGCUCUGCUGUCUCUUAUGGGAGUUAAUGUAGUUCAUUUAAGCAGUCAGUAUUGGUAUAAAUGACAACAGUUGUAAAAAAAAUAAUAAUAAUAACUUUAUGUUUUGCAGCCACAGCUAUAUGAAAUAAAGACUGAAGUUGCUUCAUCGUGUAUUUCCUUAA